AUGAUGCUAAAUGGAGCUCGCCACAAGGGUUUUCUUCCCAUGUUGCACUCUAAGAGUAGAAAUGGGGUCCCCUCCUCUCUGGGUGGCCGGCGGACGCGCUCAAGCCAGCCGCAGCAGUCUGCAGGUGGGGGGCCCCAUCAAACUGAGUCCACUGGACUUCCCUCAAACAGCUCAAGGGCCCCCCGCAGGGGCUUUCGGUGGUGGCGGUGGCCCUUUUUGAGGCUUUUGAACCAGCCCAGGGCUUGCAACUUCCCCUGGCGCUGCCUCGCAGUGUUUUUGCUGCUGCUGCUCUGUGUCACUGUUCAAGUGUUCUUAUUUAUGCACGUCACCCGCAAUGCCCACGCCUACCUUGUCUCCACGCCAAUUCUGAAGAGCUUCCAGGCCCCCCAGACUUCCUUGCCCGUGUCUGGUCCAGUGGACCCCGAGCUGCAGCGCCUGCUGGAGGAGUACGGCGCUGCAGCAAAAGCCCAGCCCUACGUGGGCAACGAGGCUUACCUGCAGUCGCUGCGGCCCCGCAGCCGCGGCUGGCUGAACUCUAUGGCUGUCUUUCCCGGCAGCAGCAGCAGCAGCAGCAGCAGCAGCUUGCACGGAAAGCUGGGCGUGGACAGCGUCAGGGGGCCCCUCUGGGUGCCUGCGGAAAUGCCCGAGCCCAUAGACUCUCCGUCUGUGAACAAAACUGAAGAACUUAAAAGUGGGGGCGGCUUUUAUUUGAAGCUUUCAGACGCUUUGCCUCUUGACAGGAAGCCUCCUGACAGCAGGGAUCCCUCUUGUUUGAAAAUUGAAUACGACUUGCAAGACUUGAGCGACAGUCUAGACGCUUCAAUAAUAAUUACCUACCACAACGAGCCCAUGUCAACACUCCUGCGGUCCAUACACUCCAUUUUGAACUUCACUCCUCCUCCUCUCAUCAGAGAACUCAUUCUCGUCGACGAUUUCUCUAACAGCACGGCGCUGCUGCCGGGCGGCGAGCUCGACGAGUACUUGCCUUACCUCCCCAAGACUAAACUCAUUCGCCUGGAGUCGCGCAGCGGGAUCGUGCCCGCGCGCAUGCGGGGCGUCAGGGCCUCGAAGGCCCCCGUAGUUGUCAUUCUUGACAGCCACAUUGAAGUGAAUGAGGGCUGGCUGGAGCCGCAGCUGGCGCGCAUAAGAGAGUCGCCCAAGUCUUUCGUGUUUCCCCAAACCCUGUCGAUUGUUUCCACGGACUUCUCCCACACCAAGGACUCCGGCAUUGGCUGCACCGUUUCUUUCGACUGGAACGUGCAAGAGAAGUCCCAGGCGUCGGGGUUUUGGGGAACUACAGAUGCCAUUCCCUCGCCCAUGCAUGGGGGGGGUCUCGUGGCAUUCAGAAAAGACACAUUUUAUGAAAUUGGGGGAUACGAUGAAGGGUUCAGUAUGUGGGGAGCUGAGAACGUGGAACUGAGUUUCCGCAUUUGGAUGUGCGGCGCCAGACUUGAAUGUGCUCCUUGUGCUGCUGUUUACCAUAUAUUCAGAUCGGGAGGCACUGGCUACUCACUGCCCCCCGGCAGCGUGUGGAAGAACCGCGUGCGCACAGCUCAGCUGUGGAUGGAUGACUACUUCCCACUUGCUGCUGCUUUUAAUUCAUUUCACUUAGCGCAUCCAGAGCCUGACUUGCCGGACAUGACAAAGAUGCUGGAGCUGAAGAAACGCCUGAACUGCAAGGACAUGAAGUGGUUUCUGAAAAAUGUGGACACUAAACAUGAGUUCCAAGACCUAGGCACUGCACUAGCGGGCUUGGGGGACAUAAGAAGCGAAAAAUAUCCUCAUCUUUGCCUGGAUUCUAUGGGGGAAACGGACGUGGGCAAAAAUGUUGGGCUUUACAACUGCCACGGCCAACUGGGCAACCAGGGCUUCCUGCUGGUAAACGAAAACCACCACCUGCGGCUCAUGGGCAUUGGCAAAGUGUCUCGCAGCAGACUUUGCCUGACUCCUCCUGGGGUUUUAGAGAAAUGCACAAAACCCGAAAAAGUUAGUUUCAUGGAAUUCGACUCCGAAAAUAAAACCAUUAAAUGGACUCAAGAGGGAGAAUUCAAAAACCACUGCCUCACCAUCGAACAGACCCAACCUGAUGGAAAGCACGAGCUGGCCUGGCGGCCGUGCGCAGUGGGGGGCCCCCAGCAGCAGCAGCAGCAGCAGCAGCAGCAAUGGCGUUGGCCGCCCUUCCCGUCUUCCUUGUACUCCCCGCGCCAAUUAAAAAAAGGAUUUAAAGAACUCCGGGCUCUCGAAGAGGCCCGCGAGCUCGCCACAGAGAUCCGAAAUGCAAAACACAACAACUUCUGUUUAGAUGCUUUGCAAAACAGACAACAUAAUUCUCCACUCGGAGUUUUCUGGUGCCACGGCGCACUCGGUACCCAGGGGUUCACUUACCUUCCGUAA